GCUCAGCAGACGACUGGCCGGAUCCCAGCGCGCUGCCCCUUGCCCAGCCUGCGAGCGCGUGGUACGAAGGCGCGUCUGCAUCCAUGCCCCAGCCGGGGGAGCUGGAGGCGCUCGCAGUCAGAGGCGAGUGAUGCUAGGCUGAGCGCGUGGCGGCCCGUGUCGUGCCCCGCUGAGCCAAGUGCGGAAGGGCAGCGGCGCGCUCCAGCUCUGCUCGCCGCGCGCAGGGCGGGGCGCGGCUGGGGGGCGGGGGGCCUGGCCGCCUGCUGGGAGCUGCGGACGAGCAGGCGCGCUGCGGACCCGAGGGAGGACACGGUUAAAGCAUUGCUAUCAACUGUGAACGCAGAGAGCCCUCCUUAGCCAACACGCUAACUCCGAAGCCUCCCUUACGCCCCCGAACCACCGAAAGCGGCGACACCUGAUUCAGCGCACAAACACAGGUCCCUUCUGUCCCGGAUACAAUUACGCGGCAGACACACACUCAAACUCGCGCGGGGCAGCCAAGAGACGAGCUAUGAAGUCUUACACUCCAUAUUUCAUUCUCCUGUGGAGUGCUGUUGGGAUAGCGAAGGCUGCCAAAAUCAUCAUCGUGCCGCCAAUUAUGUUUGAAAGCCAUAUGUACAUUUUCAAGACGCUAGCCUCAGCCUUGCACGAGAGAGGCCACCAUACAGUGUUCCUCCUCUCUGAAGGCAGAGACAUCGCCCCAUCUAAUCAUUACAGCCUCCAGCGCUACCCAGGGAUCUUUAACAGUACCACCUCAGAUGCUUUCCUACAGUCCAAGAUGCGGAAUAUUUUCUCUGGGAGAUUGACAGCAAUCGAACUGUUUGACAUACUGGAUCACUAUACUAAGAACUGUGACAUGAUGGUUGGCAACCAUGCCCUGAUCCAGGGUCUGAAGAAAGAAAAAUUUGACCUGCUGCUGGUGGACCCUAAUGAUAUGUGUGGAUUUGUUAUAGCUCAUCUUUUAGGGGUUAAAUAUGCUGUAUUUUCAACUGGCCUUUGGUAUCCUGCUGAAGUGGGUGCUCCUGCUCCAUUAGCAUACGUCCCAGAGUUUAACUCACUCCUCACAGACCGCAUGAACUUGCUGCAAAGGAUGAAAAAUACUGGUGUUUACCUCAUUUCCAGAUUAGGGGUCAGCUUUCUGGUUCUUCCCAAAUAUGAAAGGAUAAUGCAGAAGUACAACCUGCUGCCGGAGAAGUCCAUGUAUGAUUUGGUUCAUGGGUCCAGCCUGUGGAUGCUGUGUACUGACGUAGCACUGGAAUUCCCAAGACCCACUCUGCCUAAUGUUGUUUAUGUAGGAGGAAUCCUAACCAAACCAGCCAGCCCACUACCAGAAGAUCUCCAAAGAUGGGUAAAUGGUGCUAAUGAACAUGGCUUUGUCUUGGUGUCUUUUGGAGCUGGUGUCAAGUAUCUGUCAGAAGACAUUGCUAACAAACUGGCAGGAGCUCUGGGGAGAUUGCCUCAAAAAGUGAUUUGGAGGUUUUCUGGACCCAAACCAAAGAAUCUAGGAAACAACACUAAACUCAUAGAAUGGUUACCACAAAAUGACCUGCUUGGGCAUUCAAAGAUUAAAGCCUUCCUGAGCCAUGGUGGUUUGAACAGUAUUUUUGAAACUAUGUAUCAUGGUGUGCCUGUAGUGGGAAUUCCACUCUUUGGAGACCAUUAUGAUACUAUGACCAGAGUACAAGCAAAAGGCAUGGGGAUAUUGCUAGAAUGGAAGACAGUUACUGAAAAAGAGCUCUAUGAAGCACUAGUGAAGGUUAUCAAUAAUCCCAGCUACCGUCAGAGGGCCCAGAAGCUUUCGGAAAUUCACAAGGAUCAACCUGGUCACCCUGUCAAUCGAACUAUCUAUUGGAUAGAUUAUAUUAUUCGUCACAAUGGAGCCCAUCACUUACGUGCCGCUGUCCAUCAAAUCUCCUUUUGUCAGUAUUUUUUACUGGAUAUUGCCUUUGUGCUUUUGCUUGGUGCUGCCUUGUUUUACUUUCUCUUGUCUUGGGUGACAAAAUUUAUCUACAGAAAAAUCAAAAGUCUGUGGUCUAGAAAUAAGCAUAGCACAGUUAAUGGACAUUACCACAAUGGAAUCCUCAAUGGCAAGUACAAAAGAAAUGGCCAUAUUAAACAUGAAAAGAAAGUGAAAUGAGCCAACAGCCCAGGUGAUAGAAAUAAAUUGGUUCACUCAUUGAAUUUUUAUUGCUAUUAUUUAGUCUAACAGCUACUAAAAGUAAAACAUCAGUAAACAAUUCUAACAUGCCCUUAUGAGAUCUACUAAUGAAAUUCUGUGGAAUUAAGAUGGCUGUAAAAAGCACAAACCUAAAAUGCAGAAAUGUAUUUUAUUCAAAUACUGAUGUAGAGAGUUUUGGCACUGAACCUUUUAGAAGCCUUAAUUAUUUAAAUCAAUUCAGUGACUGUGUCAGACCUUAGUUUUAAAUCUUGAUAUGUGUGUGUCCCGGAUCAGGAAUGGUUUCAUUUUUCUUAAUAACGUGUGUGUGUGUGUGUAUGUGUGUGUGUGUGUGUGUGUGUGUGUGUGUGUCCUAAUUAAGAGAAUUUUUACUGGCUGCUUGUUACAUUUGUUGAGGGUACAACACACUCAAGAAUAAAGUAAAAGGAUAGUCAGGAUCCAGAUGUUUCUUUUCUAGCAUUUAAUGUGUGUGAACUCAGAACACUACUAUGAAAGAACACUUCCCCCCAAAACUGGAUGCAGAGGAAGAAAAAAAAAAAAAGAAAUGGCACAGAUUUUUGUACUUUUUGUUUUAGUUAUUUUGUUGUUGUUGUUGUUUUUAUUGUUUUUCUUUUCUGAUAGAGUAUGGCCACUUCUGGGGGAAAAACAUGUAAUUAAGUAAAUGUAUACAUUGGUUUUCACAUUUUACUUUUGUUUUCCCACUACCAAUAAUUUUCCUCUGGAAGAAUUUUAUAGUUUUUUCUAUUUCAUUUUAAUGGGUAACAAUAUGUUAAAUGCAUAAUUAAGACAAAGCAAUGAAAUUCUGACUUUAUUCAAAGUACUGAAGAUUAUUGCUUCUAGGGCAUUUUUAAACAGCACCAUUGUAUUGUUGAAUGUUUAUGUAACUGAUGGCUUUUCUAUAAUGUAACUUUUGAAUGUUCAGGUGUUACAUUUCCAAAGUUUAACUUUUAAAAAACCAUCUUCUGAUCCCUUUUAUUGUCUGGGCCAUACAAUCUAUAUUACAUAGGUGCCAACAUUUAAUUAUUUUAAAUGGAACAUUUGCAGUUUUCCAUAUUGAUACCUGCUUUUCCUGGAGAGGUUUGAGAUCUUGUUAACAAAUCAGACUUUACACUAUAUACAGACGUGACAGAUAAAUUGAACCACUUGUUUGUGAAAAUGAGUUCCUGUCAUCUUCCUCAUUCCCUCAGCCCUCACCCCAGCAGCCUUUUCCGGUCAUUGUGGCUGACAUGGAGCAGUGACAGUAUUCAUUUGAGAACAGGGAUGCAAGUCACAGACAUCAUAAAAUCAGGGUCUCCCUGCUGAAGCAUUCACUAGUUGGCAACUAUGAAUUUAUUCCAUGUCAUUCUGUUUACUUAGCACUUGCACUACCCUUGUUGGUUGAGUGUAUGCUUUAUUUGUUUCUAGUUUGAAAUCCCACAUCUGAUAGCUGAGAGUAGGCAAAUACAACAUUUACCUAAUGUCAUUCACUAACAUGGAAGAGUUGUGAAAAUUCUAGAGUGCUGUAAAUCCUUGGCAUACACUAUGACAAACAACUUCAUUACUUUCCCACCAGGAGCUGCUCUCCUGCACUUAGAAAUAAUGUCACAAGUAGUUUUCUAAUGUACAAUGCAGACAAAUGUACUGCUCUCUGAAUACUUGAAGAAAUGGUAUUAUACAUACAUAGAAACUUAUUAGUUAUACCUUUUCACAAUCUUAUUACGAUGUUGCCGUUAAAAGGGAAAAAAGACACAGGCAAUGAAUGGUGGGAUAGUAAGAGGACUUAGAGUGUAUGAAUGAGUUGAUUUUACUUUUUUGGAAUUUGAUUAAGUUGACAGUAGGCACUGAUUGGAUGAUUAAACAUAAGUUAAUCUCCACUGUGAUAAAAACUUAAAUAAUAAACAUGAUUUAAAAUAGAGAA